AUGCAGGGAGACAAUGUGUUAAAAGUCUCCCUGGAGUCGAUUCGCAAGAUGCCUUCGAUUUUAGACGACGAUGAUGACCGAGAUUUGAUCGGAUCGCAAGACGGCAGCUCAGAUGGUGGCAUGGACGAUACCAUGCAUGAUAUGGAUGAUAUGGAGGUUGACGUUGAACCUGAGCCUGAGCCUGAGCCCGAGCCAAAUUCACCUUCAAACUCCAGUGUUGUCGACUCCGAACACCAUGCGAGAAACACCCAAAACCCCGAAGUCAUAGUUACGGCCCCGGCGCUCGAUCCAGUUCCCGAUCAACCCUUUAUGUAUCGACCACAGGUCCGCCAGGAAGCACUGACUGCUGCCACCUAUGACAUCGUGCCCACAACAGCUGCUCCUCAUAGCACCUCCAUCAAUGCGGUUACUUCAACUGCCGAUAUGCGUUGGGUAUUUACCGGCGGCUCCGAUGGAUACGUGAGAAGGUUCAACUGGGCCGAUUCUAUAAACAGCAAGCUGAUGCUCACUGUUGCUCAGCGUCAUCCUUUCGUCGACAGCGUUGUCAAGGCCGGUGUCUUGGUGAACUACUGGGAGAACAUGGAUGGUACCGCAAUGUCACCCGUAUACUCUCUUGCAGCCCAAGCCGAAGGCCUGUGGCUUCUUUCGGGCUUGGAAUCAGGCUUUAUUCGAUUACAGUCGGUUCGCCAUGACGAAGGCAAAGAAAUCGCAGUGCUUAAACAACAUACAUCAGCUGUAUCAGUUUUAUCUCUUACUCAAGACGAGAGAUCGCUUUUGUCAGGCAGCUGGGAUAAAAGAGUACUGGAGUGGGACCUCGACACCGGAAAAGUGAAGCGCACCUUUGGGUCAAGCAUUGGACAAGUUUCUGCUAUUGAAUUCCGCCCCGAAUCGAGCCUCCCCGUUCCACGAGAGAUUGUGGAACGACCGCUAACCAACGGCACUUAUUCGUCUAAUAACCGCGCCGCUCCUUCGGCCAGCCAGAGUUUUGUUAAUGGCGGAGGUGGUAACAAGGAUAGCCAAACUGGUGACCAGCAGGCUGGAUCUCCCGCCGAUUCUCUCUUUGAGGCAGACUCACUUUUCGGAGAUGCGGAAGGUGGCGGCGAUGCUGAUGCUCCAUCUGGUGGUGCAUUUGCAGCAGAAGAUGAUGAGUUCUCCCAGGCGCUGGCUAAUGGUAUGAAACAAAAGCAACAGGCGGCACGAAAAGAUGCGGACGAUAGCAGUACAAAUGCGAUGACCAAUGGAACUGUCCCCUAUUCAGAACCGCUAGCUGAAAAUGUUCCCAAACCAGACUCCGCUAGCCAAGUUCAAACAACCAAGCAAGAGCCAGAAGACUCGCAAGUCAAUGGGAUAUCAGACUCUGUGAUGAGUGGCCUUCCACACGCCGAAGAUUUAGAGUCCUCAACGGCAGCAAUAGAGAGAAGCACAAUGGCCAAUGAUAUAAACUCGGUUGGAGAUUCCAAUAGCACUUUCCUGACCGCUUCUAUAGACGGGACGAUUCGAGUGUGGGAUCGCAGGCAAUCAGAUCCAAUUUCCCGCAUAACGCCGCGAAACAGCCCACCAUGGUGUAUGAGUGCUUGUUGGUCUCCUGAUGGCAAUUAUAUCUACGCUGGUAGGCGAAAUGGUACUGUUGAAGAGUACAGCUUACACAAAGGCCUUCGUGACCCCCAACGAACCUUUAAGUUCCCUCAUGGAAGUGGUGCAGUAUCUUCCGUUAAAAUAAUGCCUAACGGCCGACAUCUCAUCUGCGCCUCUCACGAUAUUCUACGCUUAUAUGACUUGGCGGAAGAGCAGAGCUCUAGAUCUUCCGUUCCCUUUCUCAUUAUACCCGGCCAUCGUACAGGUACCAUUUCUCAGCUCUACAUGGAUAAUGCCUGCAAGUACCUAAUAUCUACCGGCGGAAACCGGGGAUGGGAGGGUUCAACAACAGAAGUUCUCCUUGGAUAUGAAAUAUCUGCUCUACAAUCCUAA